CCCUGCCAAGCGAGUGACGCGUUAUCGCGCGUUGCUGAUUUAACCUUGGGCUUACUAGCUAACAUACGCAGGGCCGCAGUGCAGUCAGCAUAUUACUACCUGGCGCCGCCUUCGCUCCUUUCCAACCAUAGUCUCCACCGAUUCCUCGUCGCGCAAUCGUCAAGAUGAUGCGCAAGAAGACAACGUAUACGCAUAUUACGCCCAUCCCGUCCUUUAUCCCACGACAGUUGGCGAUCGACAUCCUACAUAGCCAUGUCGAAGUCAUCGAAUUGAACCCUCUCGUUACCGGCGUCAAACCCGUGAAAGCGCCACGAGAUGCGCCGUCUGACGAAUUUUACGCGACCUGGUAUGAGAUCUCGCAGCGCAUCCAGUACAUUCCGGGUAUUGGGAAGCUGGGCAGUGGCGCUAUUAAAUUCAAGGGAUGUUUCCACGACAUGCCGUGGGGUCUGCAGACACACAUCUAUGCGCCCGCAGGUGUAGAUAUGCGCAAUAAAUGGCAAAUUUGUGGCAACCAGCCUGACGAACCAGUGCAGACUACGGAGCUAGGUCUAGGAGCCCCACCCGAAGGACUAUACUUGCGCGAAGACAUUGAGAUAAAAUGCAACCUGACCAUGGCCGGUUUCGUGAGAAAGGAGAAUAAAGCAGCUUCAAAGGUCUUCGUCGAGCGACUCAUCAAGAAGGCCGAGCUACUUGAUGCGGGUGUCUUGCAUGGCAUGAUGGAAAAGGGCAAGCUAAAGACGAUCAACCCUGCAGAUCGUUCGAGUAGGAAUCCGGGUUCCCCAGGUCCAUCUCCGCAAUAUGCGAAUCUACAGCCGUACAAUCUUCCUAUGUCGCCCGGUCGCUCACCUACACAGCGACACCACUCGAGUCAGCAGCAAUUCAUCUGUCCAGAACAAAACAACGCUGUCAUGGAGCUGCCUGGCGAUUACCAUCACCCACAGCCAUCGUCAGGCCAUUUGCACCCAGAUCGUCGCCUGUCACACGCGAGCGAUGGCUCAGCCUCACCGAAUAUGCCAGAUGCUCGAUGGUCGCAGGCAUCAAACGAGUAUCAAAGCUCAAUGAGUUCUCGUCCAAGCUCAUACGCUCCAUCCGAUAACCUCCGCUCGCCAGGGCUUGAUCAGAAGGCCUUCACUACGGAACUUCCCACGAUGGAAGAGACACGAGAAGAGCACUCAGACCGUCUGGAUCGGGAGAGUCAGCAGAGCGCUCAUCAGCUGAAGUACAAUUACAAUCCACAAGACUAUGCACCGCAGGCGCACUACGCUGUGCCACCGCAGUAUUCUCCGCACAACCCCCAGGGUCGCCAAUAGGCGAGGAGUCGAUGCGCAUGUUCGACCAGCGCAUGCUGUUCGAUUGCUUACAUUGUUUCUGUUGCACCUUUUUCUUUUGCUCCUUGUCAGAUACCCGCGGUGCAUUUGCGCAAGUUACAUGUGACUUGCUUCCCUCGAAGGCGUUUGCGGCUCUAAAG